UCAUUGUUAAAGGAUUUUCUCAAAGGAUCUAAUAAACAACCUCUAGCUAGAGACUAUGUUAUUCUUCUGUUUAGAAAAAAUAUUCUUGUCAGCUAUGACCAAGUAAAGGAGGCAGGCCCUUUAGGGAAAUUUAUGAAAGAAGCGUUGAUUGAUUUGGCUAUUGAGAGACCUUCCUUGCAAGACUGGAAAUUUAAAGAGGCUCCAGAUGUGUCAUUUAUUAAAAGUCACUCUAAUAUUGUGAAGGAGCAGGAUCAACAUUGGGAGCGUAUAGAAAAAACAAUUAUUUCUAGUGUUUUCCAAAAGAAGGGCGAGCUUGGUCUGAAGGGUUCUGCAAAGGCUGCGCCUGAUAAACCUGGAGCAGUCAAUAAUCCCACCAAAAACAUGCCAAAUAAUCCAGCUGGAGCAGCCUCCAAGGCUACAAUGUCAAAUGAGACACGAGAAGCGCUUCCAAAAGCUCUCAAUAAACUUUUUCAGACACACAAACAUUGCAGCUUUCAACAGAUUUGCCAACGUCUGCGUGAAAUGGCAGUUUCAGAAUCUACUCGUCCAAAAGGGAUGGCUAAGGAAGCAAUAGCUGCAGCAAAUGGUGUUGACGCCCCUCGAUCUGAACUUGUGGAAAUGAUUGGGCAAGUUGCUAUAGAUAUUCAUGGUGUUUAUGUUCCAAAGACAUCAUAUGAUCACCCUGAGUAUGAUUCUUUCAGGAAUGUUGUCAUUGGUCUUCUUAUUGUUGAAGGAGCAAAUGCAAAGCUUAGGAAAGCAACCAUUAUGGAAGCUGCAAAAAUGCAACUUGGCAGAGAUGUUACUCCCAAUGAAUACCAAAUGGUCAUGAAUGAUUUAUGCACAUCUAGUGGACCAAUAUGGGUUUUGAAGAACAGUAGCGGAAGUUCCAAAUAGCAAGUCCCAAGUCUAAAUCCAUGGAUAGUUUUAUCUAGGUUAGAUUUUACAAUUAAUGGAGAAUAUAUCGAGAUUCUGGUUUUCUACUUGUACAAAACUUUGGCUGCUUUAGUUUAGGAUUUCUGAAGAAUUGGUCACUUCUUUUA